GAACGAAAGUUACGAAACGGCACCACUUUAAUGAAAGCGAGAAUUCCUCCUUUUUACCUUGUAUUUCUCUAAAAAAGGAGUGAACUUUUUUUCCUUUCCCCUAUCACAUUCCGCCGAUACAUUUCCGAUACACCAAAAGCUUUGUACUCUCGCGUUCCGGAUCCGACACCCGAAACCGCCGAGUCUCAUCGCAAUUUUUCGGCCCAAUAAACCCGAGAUUUCGGUUUUGGACAGUUCGUUAACAAAUCAGUACUGUGUUAGAAGUUGAGAGUUUUUUCCAACAGUUUUCCAGGAUGCAAUUUAAGGAUAAUAACCAUAAUUUGGCACCUCCUAGAGCUACUGAUCCUGGAUGGGCUCAUGGGACUAUGGUUAAUGGGGGUAGGCAAAAAAUCAAGUGCAAAUACUGUCAUAAGAUUUUUCUUGGCGGCGGAAUUUCUAGACUGAAGCAACAUUUGGCUGGAGAAAGAGGGAAUGUAACUCCGUGUGAAGAAGUACCCGAGGAAGUUAAAGUUCAGAUACAGCAGCAUUUGGGUUUUAAAGUUUUGGAGAAGCUAAGAAAGCAGAAAGAAGCAAAUAGCGCAAAGAAUUCGUUUUUGUCGUACUUUCGGGAUAAGGAAGGAGAUGACGAGGACAAUGAUGAUGCGGGGCCACUGCAAAAGAUGGCUAUCAGGAGAAGGGGUAAAGAGGUCUUGGAAGGGACAUCUAAGCGAACCAAGAGACGCAGGAAGCAAUAUCUGCCAAUGGCUGUGCCUGUUGUUGCUCGACCUUUACUCCAGAAUCUUGCUUCCCAAGAGAGCAUCGACCAGGCUGAUAUCGCUGUUGCAAGAUUUAUGUACGAAGCUGGAGUACCAUUAAGUGCAGCAAAUUCUUGUACUUUUCAACAGAUGGCUGAUAGUAUUGCUGCUGUAGGCCCUGGCUAUAAGAUGCCUUCUUACAAUGCUUUGAGGGGAAGAUUGCUGAAUAGAAGUGUCCAGGAUGCAGGAGAAUAUUGCACAGAAUUGAGAAAGUCCUGGGAAGUGACUGGAUGUUCGGUUUUAGUUGAUAGGUGGAUGGAUAGAAUUAAUCGCACAGUCAUAAAUUUUUUUGUUUAUUGUCCCAAGGGUACCAUGUUUUUGAAAUCUGUGGAUGCGACAGACAUUACAAAAUCAGCAGAGGGACUCUGUAAUCUAUUUGACAGUGUUGUUCAAGAAGUUGGUCCCAAGAUUAUUGUCAAUUUUGUGACAGAUACUUCUCCCAGUUAUAAAGCUGCUGGAAAACUCUUAGCAGAUAAAUAUAAGACCUUUUUCUGCAGCACCUGUGGAGUGCAGUGCAUUGACCUGAUGCUCGAGGAAAUUUCAAAGAAGGAUGAAGUAAAGGAGGUAUUAGCAAAGGCUAAAAGAGUAACUCGGUUCAUUUAUAACAAUGCUCGGGUCCUUAAUCUGAUGAGGAAGAAAACAGGUGGAAGAGAUAUUAUCCAACUUUCAAGGACAAGGUUCGCUUCCAUCUUCUUGACACUGCAAACAAUUGUAACCUUGAAAGGCCAUCUUGAGCAGAUGUUUACAAGCAACUCAUGGAUGCAGUCAUCUUUUACUAAGCAAAGAGCAGGAAUUGAGGUGGCCGAAAUUUUGGUGGAUCAACUUUUCUGGUCCAUGUGUGACCAUGCUUUGAAUGUUGCAAAGCCCCUGCUUUCCGUUUUACACCUCAUGGACUGUGAAGAUAGACCAUCCAUGGGAUAUGUAUAUGAUGCGAUGGAAAAGGCAAAGAAAAGUAUUAUUGCAGCAUUUGACAAUAUGGAAUCUGAUUAUGCACCAUACUUGAAGAUUAUUGAUCAUGUCUGGCAAGAGGAAUUCCAUAGCCCUCUUCAUGCAGCUGCAUACCAUCUCAACCCAGCUGUAUUCUAUAAUGCCAAUUUCUCCUUCAACAAAGUCAUUCAAAAAGGUUUACUUGAUUGCAUUGAGACCAUAGAGCCUAGUUUAUCUGCUCAAGUUACAAUCACUAGCCAUAUAAAAUUCUAUGAGGAAGCCGUAGGGGAUUUUGGUCGACCUGUGGCAUUACAUGGACGAGAAUCACUAGUGCCAGCUACAUGGUGGUCACUCUAUGCAGCAGAUUACCCUGAUCUGCAGCGCUUAGCAGUCAGGAUAUUAAGUCAGACCUGUAGCAUCACCACAUCUGAGAGGAGCUGGAGCAUGUUUGAAUGUAUCCAGUAUAAGAAGAGAAAUCGAUUGGAGCAGCAAAGAUUAAGUGACCUUACAUUUGUUCACCAUAACUUGUUCCUAAAAGAGAGAAGGCGAGCUGAGGCAACUAAAUCCAGGUGCAUGAGAAACAACAUUGAUCCUACAUGCUUAGAAGCUAUGGAUGCCAAUAUGGGAGACUGGGUGGAGGAUUUGGAAGAAGACUUAAGCUGGAUGGAUGUAACAGUCACCAAUGAGGAAGUGAAUCAUGAAGUACAAAAUACCGAUGAUUCCAACUCCAAUGAGAGUACUGAUGACAGAAGCAGUGAUCUCACAAAAGGUCUUGAUGGAGAUGAUGAUUUGUAGUGACCCACUUAGUUUGUCGUAGGAUAGCAAAUUGGAGAGUUCAUAUAAUUGUCUGGAAUCUAUUUGUGAAAAUUCACGUUGUAGGAAUUGCUAAAUCAAGGGAAUUAUCCUGAUUAUGUUGAAUGGAAAUAUAGAAUUUCGGAUCUUGCACGAUUUCAUUUUGUGGCAAGAAUUUGUGUGUAAA